ACUUCAACAAGUGUAGCUCGCACGCCCGUUUCUUUUGCCCUCAAGGUCGCGCGCGUGCGUGAAUGGUAAUUUCGUCGUACCGUACCGUACCGUAGAUUCGAUUGCAAUGCAGUUUGCAGAAGAUGCACGUAAAAUACGCAAACUACAACAAAUAGACAACGAAAAGGCUAAUGAGUAACGAUUCCAUGAUCAAGUUCCACUAGAUUCUGGGCAUUUGGUGCCUUUGUUUACGUUAUUUACAAUCUUUAGAACCUGUUUACUGUAUAGUCGCAAUGGCAUUAAAAAGAAUAGCAAAGGAACUUCAUGAUUUUCAAAAGGACCCGCCUGCAUCAUGUUCCGCUGGCCCUGUGAAUGAUGAUUUAUUUACUUGGCAGGCCACAAUCAUGGGACCGUCAAACAGUGCAUAUGAGAGUGGUAUAUUUUUUCUCAACAUCCACUUCCCGUCAGACUAUCCCUUCAAACCACCAAGAGUAGCAUUUACAACAAAAAUCUACCAUCCAAAUAUAAACAGCAACGGAAGCAUUUGUCUGGAUAUCCUUCGAUCACAGUGGUCACCGGCUCUCACCAUCUCAAAAGUUCUCCUGUCAAUUUGUUCUCUGCUGACGGACCCCAACCCAGACGAUCCGCUCGUACCCGACAUCGCUCGCAUCUACAAGACGGACAAGAUUAAAUAUAACAAAACCGCCAGAGAAUGGACAAACAAAUUUGCAAUGUGCUAAUCGUGGCGUGGAAUGGAGGGGAAUCUCCGUUGUAAAAAAUGCCUGGGCUCUGUAACGUAAAGCUUGGCGAUUGACCGUGAACUCUGAUUUCUAUGAUUAAUUGCAUCAAUUAGUGUGUGUUAUCAAUCGUAUAAAUCAUCCCCAAGAUCAAUGGCCAAGCUUCGUUUAGCAGGGCCGUGAUCAGCUCGGCAGGCUUUCUGAAAUCUACUUGCCCAUCAAAGGAUCCGAUGCCCAAUCUGGUGGCCCAGUAGUCCUGUUCCCUUGAUUCUCUGCGUAUGCCGGUCUUGUAAUGUUCGGAUUUAUAUUCCCAGUUUGCCUAUUAUAUGCAAUACCAUAAUCACAAUCCUUUUUCCUGUCAAGUUUGUCAUGUAAGAGCAACUCUAGGCAAGUUUAAAAAAUCACAAGGAGUUCUGUUAUUGUGUCUUCAGUAGAAAUAUCGAGAAGAGUUGCAUUUAGAGGGUUAUUCUUUGUUAUGUAAAAUAAUGUUGGGAUCAUUAAAUCUCUCUGGAGGAUGCUUCAAAUUGGCAAUGGUGAAAUAUUUUCCUUGAUAACUAAAACCCAAAUUCUGUGGAAAUGCAAGGAGGCAAUGUAGUUGCUGAAAAGUUGUCAGUUUUCAUUUGAAACAAAAAGUUGAUUGAUUUGUCAUUGUGUUGCCAAUUUGAGGAUUUAUUAUUAUAAUUAUCUUCAAAAUAUGCGGAAACAGAUAUAAGUCUUUGCAAAAAAUCAACACAGUAUACAUUCAAGAGUAUUUACUAUUUCUGUUUAAGGUAUCUGAUACAUUGAAAGGGUUCAAAAAUUUUGAAAUUUUUGUGCUAGAUACAGUGGUUUUUAUAUAUAUUUUUCGCGAGAAAUCUUAUUGUGAGGGGAAGAAUUCACCCUGAUAUCAAGUUACUUUUAUGAGCAGAAAAAUUUCAUGCAGAUAUUAAUGAUGCUGUGCUGAAAAUUCAGGAAAGAAUGUUAAAUCAUGGAGUUUUUAUUUUGUGUUGUUAAAUGCGAGCAGCUCCCCACUUUUCAUAUAAUAUAGAUUCAAUUAGUUUCCAUUUACCUAAUGGUUUGUAUUUGUUUUCAUAGAAGCAUGUAUGAAAUUAUGACUGAUGAAAAUGCACAUGUAAAAUCAAUCUGAACUGCUCGUAUAUGACAUAAACUAAUGAGUAAUGUAAUGAUAAUCUUUGGAAUUCGCAUUUAUACGUAAUUAUAGGGCUACUGCUCGCGUAUGACAUCACAAACUAAAAAUAUCAAGAAUUCAUGACUCUUAUGUUCUCUGGUGGAUAUUCACGAAACUUUCAUCAAUAUGUUUUCUCUAUUUUCUAUUCUGCUUAUAUAAGAGCAAACCUGAUGUUACAAUCUAGUUCCAAUGUAAGAGCUUGUUUGAAGUCUGGAGAUUUCCAAACCGUUGUCGUGCUUUCGCCCACCGUUUGUAGUUUGUCGGAGGCAUUUUGUCCGUCCCUUUUCGUUCUCGCGAUUACUAAAGAAGUAUUAUACAUGUCAGCACAGCUCCUCUGCAGCUCAUGUUUACCAUUAAAAAUGGUAUGAAUGUACACAACAGAGAUGAUAUUCUCACGCUUGCUCUCCUUCUCUUCAUGUAUCUUUCACUCUCUCUCUCUCUCUCUAGUAAAUAUGAAAAUGCCACAAAUCCUCUGCUUGUAUACUAUAUAUAGACAUUGAAUGAAAGAAAUCAUUUUAUGUGUUUCAGGCAUUAUCCAUGCUUCUUUAUGUAUAUCAUUCUUACCAUUGGAAAAUCAAGUGUAUAGGGAUAUUCUUUGCCAUUUUGGAGAACCUACGUGUAGAUUUAAUUUAGCUUAAGCUGGAAGCUUGUAGCAUAGCGCCCUCUAUUUUUGUAAUAUACGGUGCUGUAUUUGCUUUAAUAUUGUAGAACCAAAUUUGAUAUCAAGUUCAACCAAGAUUGAGACGAUGAAACGAACAUGUGUAGUAACAUUUGUAGUGAACGCAUACUUGGCUUUUGAUGGCAGAAUCAUAUUACUCCACGGUCCUGCGUUAUUACAACAAAUGCACAAUUUCUAUGACAUAUUUACUCUCAGCUAUUAAUCAGAAUAAAGGAUUUCAGACAGUAGCUGUUAACUGUUACUGCAACAAGUUUUAUGAAAUGGAUUCUACAUGUAUGAUGUCUACCAACGUGUAGACGUUUCACUGGAUGUUUUCUUUUUCCUGUUUUAACAAUGACGUUUGUUGUUGGUUUUUUUAAAAUACUUGUUAUUUCAAUGCAGAAAGGAUGGACAUUUUUACAGUGGUGUAAUUGUCUAAUUCUCGAGCCUGCCAUUGUAAAAAAAAAAAAAAAAAUCGCUGCACAAUAUCAAUCACUAUACUAGAGAGCACAAUCAGAAGUAUACUAACUCAAAACUUACAAUUCCUUCUUUGUUUCUUGUGCCAUAUGCCACCAAGAUAUUUAUUUAUUUUGAAUUAAUGAUAUUAGUCUCACAAAAGCUGGUAGAGUAACCUGUAAAAUCUUCAUGUAUAUUUAAGAAAUUGUACUGGGCAGCCACUCCUGAUUUUUUUUUUCAACCGAUAAGAUUCGAGCAUUGAAAUAAGUGUGUUUUGAUUUAUAUGAAUAUGUAAUUUGUUUAAUAUAAUUAAAUGAGAGUAUAUGAAUGUUGUCAUUUUCAACCAAAAAAUAUUAUUGUAACUAAGUUUGUUUUAAGUUAGUCGGGCAUGGAGCAGAUUACUUCAGGCUAAUAUUCUGAAGAAUUAUCCAAUAUGAUAAUACUACCCCCCCCCCCAUCCUCUCUUGCCUAGAAUCAUCUAUAUUGGCGCUAUUUUUCAUACUUUUUCUUUCAAAAUCAAUUAUAGCAUUUUAUCUCUUCCAUCUUACAAGGGUUAUUUUAAGGGGAGCUUCGUAGCUCCUUUGUAUUUUGGGGGCUCCACCCCCCUCCCCUGCAUUCUCUUCUGUCUCAGUUUUCCUGGUCGUCAUGGAAAUUAAUUAAUGUAAUCAGACUCUUGCCAGCAAUUUAUGAAUGAAGACAUCCAUGAUCACAUUAUACAAAGCUUAACAAUCGAUUUUGAAACUGAUUUUCAUGAUUGGUUGCAGUGGUAAUAAAGUAUGCAAUCAAUAGUAACAAUCAUUCAAAUGACCAUCGCUGAUUUCUUUGUCAAAGGGCACCGACCAUAUCACUCUUCUAUAAACCAAACACCUACAUGGAGUUGAAAAGGUAUACACAAAUGAAACAAUGGGAAAAAAAUGAAUGGUACAUACAUGUUUUUACCACAAUUUCGGAGGAAAGUGGUACUCCUUUGUGAAACGAGUGUGAGUGUAUUUUUUUCUAAGGAAUAGAAAUAACAGAAGUGUGUAUAAUAGUGAUUUCAGUUGCAUGAUUUUCAUUUUCUAAUUGUUGUAUUUUUAUUGAGAUUUGAAAAUGCACGAUUGAUUUGUGAGAAGGUACUAGUAGCUGACCAACAAUUUCUUAUUGUGUGAUAGGGCAUUUAUUUUGCACCAAAGGUAAAUUAAAUUUAUUCCUCUUUAAAGGGAUUGUUCAACUUCAUUCAGGUUCUACAAAUAUUUCUCUCUUGCAUUUAAUGAUGUAAUCGUAGUUGCAAACCUUUAUGUUAGACAGGGAUCAACUGACACUUUUCAGCUAAUCAGUUGCUUUUUUUUUAAAUUGGUGUGAUAAUCGAAACGACAGUCUUCAGCAGGGUAAAACUGUAGAGGGAAAAUAAUAACUUUUUUAACUUAAUUGAAGCAUGUCCAGUAAUGAUGCUUCAGAAGAAAAAUUUGCAGGAUUUUCUCUUGAAAGAUUAUUGCAUGCACUGAUGGCAUGCAGAACCCCACAGCUUUUUGCAAACCAUUUAACAGUUGUUCAAUCCCUUGAUGUGUCUUGUAAUGUUAUAAUUCUGAACACUACUCACCGCCAAAUUAACCGCCAAACUUGCCGAUGGAAUAAGGUUGAAUUGUCAAAUCCCUCCGAUUGUAUAAUGCAAGGAAGCUAAGAGACCCCAAAUUCAUGUACUUUCAACAUAGGUAUGGCUAAACUGGCCUAUAUUUCUAAGAAGCAAAAUACCAGAAGUUUAUAGAAAUUUGUAUGAUGUCGACCCGUCUUUAUUUGCUAUCCUUUGUUGGAUUGAUUUGCAAUAUGGCUUCUGCAGUCUCUGUUGAGCAGGUGGAGUAGCGAUUGUCUUAAAAUACAUCUGCUAUGAGACGGAAGAAAGCACCUGUUUGGGGGAAUCAUUCAAACUGUCAUUUGUCAACCUGCCCGAUCUGAGUUGAAAGAUCAGUGGAGCUACACAUAGUCAAAGGGAGCAACCGACGAUACAAAUUGACUGAAGAUUUUGAUCUAGUUAAUCAUUUUUAGUGUAAUGUUAGCUCUAAGCAUACACAUCAGCCAUGUGGCUAUUUCUAUGCGAAAGGAUAUGUAAAUGCACAAUAUUAAUUCGUGUGAAUUACAUCGUGUGAAUUACAUGUCAUUUUCAUUGUGACACCUCAUGCGGAGUACUUGUAAAGUUUCACUGAAGCACUUCUUUGUAUAAUUCACCUUUUUCGUAUGUUUUUUUUUUGUUUAAAUUGAUUUUAUCUUUCAUUUGCAAUAGGAGCACUUACUCUAGCUCAUAGAAAGUUUGCUAUGAAAAAUUAAUAAAAAUUGGGUAUGGUAAGUUGACAGAAUUGUCAAUUCAUUAGGUUUUACUCUUUUCUUUUAAAUAUGGUUUGAACAAAAUCAAGGGGAUUUUGGUGUUGGGUGAACUCAGAGCUUGCUUUCAGAGGCGAUAUGAUUCAUUUGAAAUCACCGAAUUGCAAAUUAAGAUUUACUUCACCUGCCUUACAAGUAACAUUUGCACUCAAACUCCUUAGCCCGUAUUCUGAAGUCAGGUUUAACUUAGACCAUGGCCUAACUCUGUGUCAAAAGUGUCAAAAUUUGUAUUAAGUUGUAUGUUUCUUAUGUUUGCUGUGCUCUUUCCUGAUUCAUCAAUGGUGAAGACAAUCAUCUAUUAAUACUUCCUAUAUAAAUAAUUAUGAAUGAUUUGAGAGCCAAAUGAGCUGAAAUAAGAUAUCUCUACUGAUAGUCAUUUAUGCAACAAUUGGCUAUCCAUACUUAAAACCACAACUUUAAACCUGACUUCGGAAUAUGGGCCCUUCUGUUUAAGUGGAAUAAAGAGUUCUGUAAAAUGCUUUGAAUAUCAAGGCUGUUGGAAAUGGUUUAGAUGGGUUUUUUGUGUCUCAGUAUUUUUUUCGGGGGGGGGGGGGGUGUUCAGGGAUGGGAGUCUUGUGAAUAUAUUUAACUUUCCUAAUAUCUGGGACAGACAGAUACAAGUUAUAAGCAAAGAUAUGCAUCAAUACUUUAUCAUACCUUUACAAUUGAUUUUAGUUUGCUGAUAACUAUUUGUGUCGUUGCUCUAAAUUAUGAAAAGUGAAGUUAUAUUGUGACAUUGACAUUCUGCUCUCUAUCUCCUUUCUAUCCUUUUUUGGGGAUGUCGUGCUGUUUACUGAAAACUGAGCUGACGAGUUUCUUUUCUUCUUUAUGACCCGUCAUAAUUCAUGCAGAUAACCUUGAAUGAAAAAUGCUUCUAGAUGUUGUUGGGGAAAAUAAUAUCUUCUUUGAUUAUGUAUAAUCAACAGUAUUUUCUUUAUAAAGCAAGUGGAAUAAUCAUUUUAAUCAUAUGUAUGUAUAGCUUUUUGAGUUUUAAUUUAAAGAAAUAUAUUUAUUAUAUUACCCCAGUGCCAUGAAUAUUGUUUUGCCACAGUAGGUGUUCUCCGUAAGCUUGCCUGAGAUAUUGGGGGGGGGGGUGACUUUGAAUGUUACCACUCAAUCUAGUACACGGGGCUCUUGCAAGUCGGUCUUUGACCGUUUUUUAUGAUUUUGGUGACUUGGGGCCCUGUUGCAGAAAGGCUUGCAUUUAAACGCAAGUCCCUUAUACACACGUUUAAUUGGUUGAAAAUUAAGUUGUCUUUGAUUUUUGCAGUUGUGUUUGAUCGCAAUUCUUUCUGCAACAAGCUCCUAAUAUUUACUCCUGUGACAUUUGCUUCUGUGUUGAUUUCUUUAAUACACAAGAUUAAAGAAGAUGGGGUUCUUAGAGGGACUUGAGGUUCAGAAAGUUUAACACUUGAUCGAAUGUAAUGACAAGUGUAAUCAAAUGUAAAGCUCAGCCCUGCAAUCAAUAUCGCAAAGUUACAUGGGCCGGAUUUCAUGUGGGAGCAAUUGUCGAUAAAGUAAAUGCCAUGUGACCAUAUUUGAUAUUAAAUAGUUUGUUUGCUUCAUUCAUUCA